AGAACUAUUGCAGCUGCGACGAAAUGAAGUUCUUCAUUUUGAUUUCAUUCUUACUGGUCUGUCAAGGGUCCAACGAAGAGGAGGAUAACAUAAUAGCCGAGUUGUGCUUCAAUCCGAAUUCUGGACCUCCUUGCCAGAAAUUAAAAACAUAUUAUUGGGAUAAGGAAAAGAAUCGAUGCGUGCUCUCUCGGUAUUUAAUGCAGCCUUGUGGUUUCUUUGACACAAUAGACAUGUGCGAUAAAAUAUGCACCAAGGAAUCGUGGACAAUAUCUCAUUUGGAAGUAUAUGUUCGAAAUAUGCCUUAAAAUAUACUUGUUUUUCAGCUGCCAAUUGACAUUUAAGAAGUGGUCACGCUUAUU